AAGAAGGGGAAAUGCAUAUCAUUGAUAAGGGAAAUGCGCCACUGCUGACAAUCCACAUCGAUCACCUUGGACCUUUAGAUGCAACAACAAAAUUGUACAAGCAUAUUUUAAUCGUUGUUGAUGGAUUUAGCAAAUUUACUUGGUUGUACCCUACAAAAACAACACCUGCAGAAGAGGUAAUCAGAAAAAUGUCGGAAUGGGCUAACAUAUUUGGAGCACCACAUCGCAUUAUCAGUGAUAAGGGGCUAGCAUUUACAUCGACGGCGUUUAAGGACUGGUGUCAGACAGAAAAAGUAGAACACGUCCUGACAACAUCGGGUGUGCCGAGAGGCAAUGGCCAAGUCGAACGAUUGAACCGAGUUGUUAUAAAUGUUAUUUCGAAGUUGUCAGCUGAUCGUACUGAAGCCUGGUAUAAAUACGUUGGCAAAGUGCAAAGAGUCAUCAAUAGUACCAUCAAUAAAUCAACGAAAUACCCACCAUUUGAAAUAAUGUUUGGUGUGAAAAUGAAAACGCCAAUGGAUGUCAACAUAAAUAAUAUGGUGGAAAGUGAAACAGCCGAUAUUUUAAUAGCUAAUCGUGACAGUAUGAGAGGAAAUGUCAGAAGACAAAUCGUAUACGCUCAGAAAGAAUACAAAGAAAACUUUGACAGACGUCGUAAAUGCAAAAGAAUCUACAAAUUGGGAGAUUUAGUGGCUAUCAAACGGUCACAAUUUGUCGCAGGGAAAAAGUUGGCCAACGAGGACUUGGGCCCUUAUGAGGUGAUCAGGGUCAAACGAAACGAUAAGUACGAUGUAAAGAAGGCAGCAGACUUUGAAGGCCCCAAUGCAACAUCAACGAGUUGUGACUAUAUGAAGCCGUGGAAACGGGAUGAAUCCGAUCUAUCCGAGACGGAUGAUAUUGUCGAAUGGCCGAAUGUAGGAGAAUAGGCAGAGAGGAGUUCGCCUUAAGUUGUCGUUGUUCAACAAACGUGCCGUACCAAACCGUGGUUUACUCGAC